CAAAUUUAAAAAGCAAAUAUACUGACACUGAUUAUUGUCUGGAAAAUUUUAAAGUAUUUCUUCAUCCUUCUUUCCCUGUGCUUAUCAGAGUACUUUGCCUUAGUAAUGACUCCUUUAUUCCCUGAAACUCUUUUUCCAUAUGCUUUUCCAACACGUCCCCGUGUCACUCCAGCGGCUCCUUCUCUGGCUCUUAUGUUAGUUCUUUCCUGAUAAAGAAAAACAUUUCCUUUCUUCUAUGUUCUGUACGUGCUUCUAGAGGUUUGAGUUUUCCUUUGCUUCCUUUUAAUUUUUUUUUAAAAAUCCUCUGCUAUUCUCUUUCAAUAUAAAGACUUCUGUUUCAGUGAUGUGCUGACAACUUAUAUUUCACACACCCUCCCCAUACAUGCCUGCAUGCCAGUUACCUCAUCUGCUGCCUCUUGGGAGCAACAAAGAAGUACACAAAGGAUUCAUCCCUGUUGUGUGAGCUUUUUGCCUGACCUCUGUCUCCCCAAGUACUUAGAUUUCUUUGAUCAUGAAAAUAAAUGCCAGGCAGGUAUUCAGUUUACAGAACUAGAACUGAAGCCUGCAGACGAUAACAGGAAAGAGAGAAAGACAGAGUCAGUGGAAUAUCCCCAGCUGAAUGCAUCUUAGUGCACAGCUCAAGCUCAAAUUCCUGGAGGACCAGGAACCUCUGUCCCAUGCUUAACUGGAAGCCUCCAGAACUAGUAUGACUCAACCAGCAAACAUUCCAUUGAACCUGCACCUCACCAGGCUGACAGAGAGGCUGGAAGCCCAGUGCAGUCAGUGAUGACAGUUCUUGCUGGGCACUCUCAGGGUGACCCAGAAUUGACGCUGAUGUGAAACCGGAGUGUCAACAAGACUCCUAAAAGUUCCAGUCUUGAAAGACAGGAUCCAGGAGUUUUCUGUUCAGAGCCCAAUGCACUUUUCAUUUCCAACCCCUUUACAGGUUUGUCCAAAGCACAAUUCAGUAAAAACAAAACAAAAAACCCCCUAAAAACAGUGUUAGUCGCCUCUGCUCUCUCCAUCCCCACUUCGAUGUCCGUGAGAUAAGAAUUUAAAAACUUAGAUUGAGACAAAAGUGCAGUCCCUAAAAUUGUGCUUUACUGUUUUUGGUUUUUGCUUUGUUUCUUCUUUUUCGAUUGUUUGGAGGGUGGGGGUGGGGGAGGAAUCCAAGCUCUUCAACCUCUCCUCUGCCCCCCUUUUACGGGGGUGUUCUUCGGCGCACAGAAGGGAUCUCUUUCUGGGGAAUAACCUUUCUGCGUGCUCCUUAACCAGCCAGCGGGCGUCCAAAUCAUCAUCUUCUCCCCAGCUAGCUUAGGUUACAAGUUCCGCAGAGGCAGAGCUGUUUAUUUACCGCAUGUCUCAUGCCCUAGUGCAGGGGGAGGCUCCUAGGCUCGGCUACGAGUCAGGAAGGCAAAGAUCGCCGGGCCGGAGCGCUCAGGCCAGGUGACACAGUCCUGGGUGCCGGCGCGGCUUGACAGCUUCAUCCCCGCCCACUGGCAGGCGAGCGCGGCCCGGCCACACAUGCGCGCGCGCAGGGUCCUUAAAAGCCGCGGCGGCGCCGAGACGCCGAGCUCGCCCACCGAGCGCAGGCGGCGACAUGCACGUGAACGGCAAAGUGGCGCUGGUGACUGGCGCGGCCCAGGGCAUCGGCCGAGCCUCCGCCGAGGCACUGCUGCUCAAGGGCGCCAAGGUAGCGCUGGUCGAUUGGAAUCUCGAAGCAGGUGUCAAGUGUAAAGCUGCCCUGGAUGAGCAGUUUGAACCUCAGAAGACUCUGUUUAUUCAGUGCGAUGUGGCCGAUCAGGAACAACUGAGAGAUACUUUUAGGAAAGUUGUAGAUCACUUUGGAAAGCUGGACAUCUUGGUCAAUAAUGCUGGAGUGAAUAAUGAGAAAAACUGGGAAAAAACUCUGCAGAUUAAUUUGGUUUCUGUGAUCAGUGGAACCUACCUGGGCUUGGAUUACAUGAGCAAACAAAACGGAGGUGAAGGUGGCAUCAUUAUUAAUAUGUCCUCUUUGGCAGGGCUCAUGCCUGUUGCACAGCAGCCUGUUUAUUGUGCUUCAAAACAUGGCAUAGUUGGAUUCACACGCUCGGCAGCGAUGGCUGCUAAUCUCAUGAACAGUGGUGUGAGACUGAACGCAAUUUGCCCAGGCUUUGUUGAUACACCCAUCCUCAAAUCCAUUGAAAAAGAAGAAAACAUGGGGAAAUAUAUAGAAUACAUGGGUCCUAUCAAGGAUAUGAUGAAAUACUAUGGAAUUUUGGACCCUUCAAUGAUUGCCAAUGGAUUAAUAACACUCAUCGAGGAUGAUGCUUUGAAUGGUGCUAUUAUGAAGAUCACAACUUCUAAGGGAAUUCAUUUUCAAGAUUAUGACACAACCCCAUUUCACACGAAAAUGCAGUGAACAUCUUAUAUGUCAGCUUUAACUGAAAAUAAGCACAAAUGACAUACUCCAUCUUCUAUUGAAUAUAGCUUUUUAAGUGAAAUGUUACUGUUUUAAGCCUUCCUUUCACGCAUGUGAUGUUCAUUUUCUCUAAAUGAUUAGUUAAGUAUACAGACUUUUAAAAAUGAGGAACUAUCAAAAAUAUGACAUGGACCAAAGCUAGGUUUUGAUCUUUAUAGUCUAAACAAGGGAUAUUCCAGGAAUAUUCUGCCUUUCAGAAGAUAUAUUUAAAUCUGUGAUUCAUAAAUGUUAAUUUCUUCAGAACUUCAUUUUAAAAGAGAUACUUGAAUUGUUAUUUAACUCAAAGCAGAUGUAAAAAGCUCAUUUUGUCUCUAUGUUCACAGUUUAAAAGAAGGAAGCUACCUACAAUGGCAAAUAUUUAGUAACAAUAACUUUUACUUAUGCACCAUCUUUCAGCUGACUAUUUCAGCUCUUUGAGAACAUGGCAUAUUUAGGGCCCAGUAGGUAAGGAGUAAAUGACUGUAUGAAUAUAUCCCAAAUGAAAAAUCUAAUGUAUGGAAAAAUGACAAAAAUUAGCUGACUGAGGUGUUGAUCUACAGUUCACCCUUCCAUCUGGUGAAAACAUCUUUUCCUCUGUGCUUGCUUUAAAAAUUUUGACUCCAAAAUUCUCAGGAAUGAAACUUUGAAAGCUAUAGCAAAUAAGCAUAGUUCAAAUGUUGUAUUUAGAACACACUUGUUAAGAAAGAAAUACAAAUGUAAUUUUUUUUCAGAUUCCUUCUUUAUUUGUGCCAAUUUCAAAAAUGCCUGCUUUUCAGUUCUAUGUAUAGAUGUAGAGAAGAAACCAAUUUUGUGACAGCCUCAACUGAAGAUGUUUUUGUGUUUUCAAAGCCAUAAUAACAAGAGGUAAAAAAAAAAAAAAAAAGUAAAAAAAAAAAAAACAAGAGGUAAAAAUAACUGUGUAUUUUGUCAUUUUCCCUGUCAGGUACUUUAAGACAGGAUCAUUAAAUGCACCUGCUUUGGAUAAUGCUAUUUGCAAGCAAUAAUUAAUGCUAAUAAUAAUGACAUGCAAGAUUUCCAAAUCAGUCAUUUCCUUGUAGAAAUAUUGAAAAGUACCUCAUUCUGCCUGCUAGCUCCUAAGCUCCCAGGUGGGAGCAAAAUCCAUCCAUGUGAGAUUAGUAUGGAUUUCUUAGAGAUAUUGGUGAAUUGUCAGAUAUGACUCUGUUUUAAUUCUGCCAUAGAGAUCUAUUACCUUCACUUUUGAGGAGUGGAUUGAAUAUGAGGAACUGUUGUCUAGAUGUCCAAAUAUUUGGAAAACACCAAGAAGUGAACAUCAUUGAAAAUCUAAGAAAAGUUAAGUUGUAUAAUUAGGCACAAGGGUGUUCAUAACUUGUGCCGGUAACAAACCAGUUAGUGAUGUAGGUAUGAGGAAUAUCAUUUAUCUUACUCUGUCUUCCACUGUAAUGCUCAAAGCUAUAGCUUAAGCUUUUAAUUUAUGGAGAAGUCUUUGUACUGUGGCCUUCACUAUACAUUGUACUUUGAAUUAUUGUUUUUAAAUCAAUAAACUAUGCAGACGUUUAAACCCAAA